UUACGUUAUCGCAAAUUCGAUUCUAUAUAGAAUCUAAAAUCUGGCAAUUGGCAUAUUUUGCCAUUCUGGCGAGUAGCGAGUGGUGACGCCGGUUGCCGACGAGGCCAUCAUUUUCGAAUCAUUAUAUUGCCCGGCAAAUCAAAACGUUACGCACAGCAUACGAGUGUCGAGUACACAUACACCGUACACGGCGACUUAUGUUGUUUUGACAAAAAUUUAAAAAAACAAGAGGAAUAAAAAAAAAUUGGCGUCUUCAAUUUUCUUUAGUUUUUAUUAAGACACCGAUCUUUGAGUGACGUCAAAUUGUUAUUCUAAGUUGACGCACCGACUUUUACCUCUCUACGUAAUCAAAACUUGAACAAAAUAAAGCGCGAUGGCUGUUUCCACCGGCAUGUCGUUCCUUAUAUCAACGCUAUUAGCAUUGUCACUGUUCUCGGUCAUGCAGCUCAACAGCAAAUGGUUGACGUCUAGUUCAGUGUUGGUCAUAGGUACUGGUUUUCUUGGCUCAGUGUUGUUUACGCUAUCCUUGACUGCUGUAAGUAAUCUAAUGACAUUACUUUUGGGAGAAGGAUAUCAAGCUAGUUUAUUUCCAGAAAUUAUAUUGUCAUUAUUGUUCACUUUUUUCACAUGUGUCUCUAUACACAGAGUAUGCGCUACAACUGGUCUGCUGUUUUCUUUAUUCGCCCUGUACAAUAUUUAUAAUGUUUCUCAAAAGACAUACAAUUCCAGUUCAUUGCUCAAACAGCCCAUUGUACAGAACAAAAAGAAGAAACACUAAAUAUAAGAACACAAGUUUGUUUGUUCCAUAUUCAUAAUGUACUGAACAUUCAAUUUUUAUUGCCUACUAUUUAUUUUUCAUUGUCAUUCCCUAAGUUAUAAAAUUAACAUAAAUUAUUUCUAUUAAAAGUAAGUUUCAAUUA